GGGACCGAGGCAGGGCUGGCGCUGGAGGCUCCUCGCCGGGCACGGGGACGGUGCUCGGGGACCGGGAGGGCACCAACAGCCCCGGGGCACCAUCCCGGGCCACCCCCCGGCCAUGGCGGGCCGGCUUCAGCCCCCCGACACCAGCCCGGCUCUGGGUGUGGAGGACGUUCCCCGCCUCCACCCACCUCUGCAGGUGUCCCCGCAGCCCACGGCGACUCGGGUGCCCGUCAUCCGCCACCGCGGCUCCAACACCCUCAACUUCCACUUCCACGACCCGGAGAGCCGCGGCACGGCUGAGAACAGCCAGGGAGCCCCCAAGAGCUCAGUGAAUGAGUGGUACCAGACCUGGCCGGCCAAGGAGGUGAAAGCCCCCAGCACCCCCGUGCCCGCCCACCCCACGCCCAGCCCCAGAGCUGCCCCCACCUGCCCACGGCCACCGGGCUGGUCGGCCACCUGGACCAAGGACAGCAAGCGGCGGGAGAGGCGCUGGGUGAAGUACGACGGCAUCGGGCCCGUGGACGAGACGGGGAUGCCCCUCGCCUCGCGCUCGAGCGUCGACAGCCCCCGGGACUGGUACCGCAGCAUGUUCCGGCAGAUCCACUGCAAGCUGCCAGAGCCCGACUGGGACACCCAUUCCUGCCCCACCACGGCCCCUCCAUCGCCCCCCAAACCGCGGCGGAGGGGGUCGGCUCCAGCUGAGCCCCCCGGAAUGCCCAACGGGAUGGACUGGACCCGCUGGGGUGCCACCGCCGAGCCUGGCAGCAUUUUUGACUAUGAACCAGGGAAGUUCUCUCCGCGGGAGCAGAUGCCGGCAGCAGUGCGGCCGACGCGGGCUCAGUCCAUCGAGGUGCUGCUGGAGCAGGAGCUGGAGCAGCUCAGCGAGGAGCUGGACAAGGACAUGAGGGACAUGGAGACGCGCCGGACCCCGCACCAGAGCCCGGCGGCUGCUCCCACCGCUCGCUCCCCUGCUCCGGCCUCCCCGGCUGCUCGGAGCCCCCUGUCACCCCGCCGGCUGUGGAGCCCCCCUGUCACCCACCGCUUACCUGCCACCCCCAGCAUGGAGCGGGGUGGGCUGGGGCUGGCCAGCAACCGCAGCCAUGCGGCCCCUGGCAGAGACACCCUCAGGCCAGGGACCCUCCCCAGCUUGUCCGACCUGGGGGACCCCGUGGAGGCCGUCAAGAGGGAGGAGAAGAAGAUGAAAGCUGCUCGCCUCAAGUUCGACUUCCAAGCUGAGUCUCCCAAGGAGCUGACGCUGCACAAGGGGGACAUCGUCUACAUCCACAAGGAGGUGGAUAGGAACUGGCUGGAGGGGGAGCACCACGGCCGCGUGGGCAUCUUCCCCUCCAACUACGUGGAGAUCCUGCCCCCCACGGAGGUGCCCAAGCCCAUCAAGGCUCCCACGCUCCAGGUGCUGGAAUACGGCGAGGCGCUGGCGCUCUACAACUUCCGAGGGGAUCUGCACGUGGAGCUCUCCUUCCGCAAGGGCGAGCGGAUCUGCCUGGUGCGGAGGGUGAACGAGAACUGGUACGAGGGGCGCAUCUCGGGCACCAGCCGCCAGGGCAUCUUCCCCGCCACCUACGUCCAGGUGCUGAAGGAGCCGCGGGUCAAAGCCACCGCCGAGGACAUCCCCUCCUCUCCCGCCCCCGCCAGCCCCCGCCCCGCCGCCGGAUCCCCGUCCCUGCAGCGCUCGCCCGGUCCCCGGAUCCCCCAGGUUCCCACCGGCUCCCCCCGGGAAGAGAAGCGGGGUCCCGAGCUGACGGGCGGGCGCCCGUCCUCUCCGCGCCACCUCGGCGCCACCUUCCCCCCCUCCCCAAAGCUGCCCCACGCUGGCACUCCCAGCCCCUUGGUGGCCUCUGCCAGCCCCUUAGUGGCCUCUGCCAGCCCCCCACACCCUGCGGCCGCCCACCCCCAGGAGCCCCGGCGUCCCGCCUGGACCUCCGAGCAGCACGCCACCCCGGGGGCACCCACCAGUGCCCGUCCCGAGCCCGCCCCGUCCUACAACGGCUCUGAAAUCCGGUGGACUCCGUACCGGGCGCUCUACCAGUACCGGCCCCAAAACGCCGACGAGCUGGAGCUGCUGGAAGGGGACCGGGUGGACGUCAUGCAGCAGUGCGACGACGGCUGGUUCGUGGGAGUGUCCAGGAGGACGCAGAAAUUCGGCACUUUCCCCGGGAACUACGUGGCGCCGGUGUGACCCGCAGCGCUGGGGACCCUGGUGGGAGGAGUGGGGCUGGGGGCUUCCCACUGCCCCGCCUCAGCCACCCUGUGUCCCCGCAGUGUCCCCCCACGGGGAUGAAGUGCCUCCAGCUCCCUCCCGCCCCUAUGGGGCUGCCUCUAACAGGGACAAAUUCCCCCGGCGCGGGGGGUGUCCCCCACCCCAGUGCCUUAACCCGCCCCCUCCUCACCGCUGCCCGGUGCCCACCGCCCCGGGGGUCGCCCCGGGGGUCUGGCCGGUGCCGGGCCUGACCAUGACGGCCGUGACCCGGGAUGUGGGUCUGUGUCCGGGAGUCGCCUCCGCUUCUUUUCCAUCAUUAAAGCUCAGCUCAGUCCGA